AAAUUCCUAUAAAAUGUCACAGUUGCUUUGAAAGUCACACUCAAAAUUUCCAUAUUUAAACUGCAAUAGUUUUCACUUCCAUCCAUCCCUAUUCCCAUCCCCCAUUUCACCCCCAUGGCAGAGGCAGGAUUCAACAGUUGUUGUAGAUGGAAGGCGAUCCUCAGCAAGAGUCUGCCACAAAAAUGUAACCCUAAUUGUUUUGAGCCAUUGAACGGCAAAUGUCCCGAUUACAAGAUUAUUGAUGUUGUCAAACUCACUGAAAAUCCGGAAGAAUCUCACGUUGCCUUUCAAGAGCCAGUAGCUGAAGCUCCUUUCCGCCGUAUUAUAGACACAAAAGCAUUGUGUGCCCGGUGUUGCGAAGAGCCGGAUGCGGAAACGAAACGUUGUAAAUUGUGGGAUGCUCAGAAUUCCAGCCAUAGGAAUAAUUUAUGCUCUGCAGAGUGUAGACCAUUAAGCACAUCUCUGCAUUUAAAGGAGUGCACGAAACGUCCUCGUCCUAAGCCGACCUAUAAGCAUUGUGUUUUUAUGGAUCAUGAAACGUUAGCUGGUCGAGUUUUUCCUGUAAAAUUACGCAUACGCCGUGAGAAAAAUCAUUGUUUGGACUGCAACAAGGAAUUAUAUUUUCGUGAUCCAAUUACCGACAACUCCAACGUAGUCGUACUCACAAAUUGUUGCGAUGUCAAAGUAUAUAGCAAUAAAUAUAUUGAAAACUGGCAUCGGGUUCCAAUUCUGUCACUAACCGGUAAAGAAGUCAUGAAAAAGAGAACAAUAAAUGAAGUGUGUAAAUUGGAACCGAAAAAGGAACCAAUUAAAGUAGUUGAGGAUAUAAAACCAGUGGAAAUUGCUCCACCACCGAAAAAGGGGAAAGGAGGGAAAGGGAAGAAAGGAAAGAAAUAAUGCAUUUAAAUAAAGUUGUAAAUUAAAAAGUGUCUGUUUUUCA